GGUUUAACGUUUUCACGGCAGACUGGCCCGUCACCGUACGAACUUACUGGACCCUUCUUACAAGAACCAAUGAUUUUUGGUCUUGGAUCGCCCUCCCGGUAAUCUACAACAAUCUUGCUUGAUCGAACACUGUCACUCUCUCUGGGAUUUGCGACGAUGCUACUGGAGACUCCAAUGAGCGCUGUGAUUCCUUCACAUCCUUCUGUCCCGAGGCCGAAUGCAACCAUUAGAGCUCGUGCAGUUCGUUGCUUGAGGAAGAAUGAGGAUGUCAAUAGCCUAUUCAAAGCAUCCCCUGAGAUGAAAUUGGAAGCUCAUGAAGAUUCAGAGAGGUCUCUGGAAAGUUUGCAAUCAUCUAGUGUGGAUCCAGAAGUGAAACACAGUGAUAUAUGGCGGUUCUUCAGAGAAGCUCAGCAGAACAUUUUCUUCAUAAACAAACAACGUCUCUUGGCAAUGGAGGAGUUAGAUAAAAUAAAGAAGGAGAAUCAGCUGUUGCUUGAUAGAGUGGAGCAACUGGAGAUGCAGAAACAAGCUGGUGUUGGAAAAGAUAAACAAUCUAUGUGCUGGGAGUUGCUGCACCGAAUAGACUCCAUGGUCCUUACUGGCAUGAUUAACAAAGAGGAGGCACAUGACUUCAGAGGACUGGUCGUUAAUAACAAAUUUAGUUUGUCUGAUGUUUUCUCUGACAUCCAACAGAAAAAAGAUUCGGAGCUUCUAUCAGAAUUCCGCCAGUUCUUGAAUGGAAGCAAAAGGAGCGGUUUGCAGAUUGUCCACAUUUGCACUGAAAUGGAACCGCUAGUCUCUUCUGGUUCUUUGGCGCCAUACGUGACAGGUUUAUCGCUUGCACUUCAGAAGAAGGGACACUUGGUAGAGGUUAUUUUGCCAAAAUAUGCAAGCCUGAUCCUAGAUGAAGUUCAAGGACUGCGAGAAAUCGAGGCUGAGUCUUUUUCGUACUUUAAUGGUCAAUUGCAUGGAAAUAGAAUUUGGACCGGCAUUGUAUAUGGCAUUGGAGUUACUUUUAUUGAACCUUCAUACUACUCAUCCUUUUUCAACCGUGAAAGACUCUAUGGCUACUCAGAUGACUUUGAACGGUUUUCCUACUUUUCUCGUGCUUCAUUGGACUAUAUAGUGAAAUCUGGAAAGCAGCCUGAUACAUUGCACAUACACAACUGGGAGACUGCUAUUGUGGGACCACUUUUCUGGGAGAUUUUUGUUAAACAGGGGCUUGCAGAUACUAGAAUUCUGUUGACAUGCCACAGCUUUGAUUCUCAGUGUCUUGAGCAACCUGGUAAGCUGGCAUUAUGUGGGCUUGAUCCUGCUAGACUCCACCGUUCGGAUCGUCUGCAAGAUAAUGCUAAGACACAUCUUGUCAACAUUUUGAAGGGUGGAUUUGUUUAUUCCAAUAAAGUUGUGAUAGUGUCAUCCAUUGGUUCAAAGGGCAGGAUCAUUCAAGGUUUUAAUCAUGGGUUGGAACCUACCUUAGCCACUAACAAGGACAAGUUGCUUGUUUGUCCUUCUGGAGUUGAUACCUCGAUCUGGGAUCCUUCCAAGGACAAAUUGCUUCCAUCAAAUUAUAGCACAAAGGAUAUGGAAAGCAAAGCUGUUUGUAAAUUGGCAUUGCAGCAGCGCUUGGGAUUGUCUGCACAUGCUUCUGCUAUUAUUGUGGGAUGUGUCUUCUCAGAUUUCUCAGACAUCAACAUGGUGGAUCUAAAGGAAGCAGUUAGGCAUGUUAGCAGGAAGGGUAUCCAGUUUAUCUUCAUGGGGAUUUGCGAAAUGGCUAAUGUAAGCAAGGCACUGGAUUCUUUUCGGGAAGAAGUCAAAGUACAGGAUGAAAACCUGAGAUUCAUAAACAAAUACGAUGAAGCUCUUUCACAUCUGAUUUUUGCUGGGUCAGAUAUUAUGUUGUGCCAAUCUUUUCACGACCCUGUGUUCCAAGUGCCGCUCAAAGCUCUGAAAUAUGGAGCUGCUCCAAUUGCAAUAACCUCAGACAACAACAGAUUAAGAUAUUUUGCAGACCAUGACUCGGAGACCACCAAGUUUGCAAGGUUCAUAAGCUCCACCUUCCUGUAUAUGUCCCUAAGCCAGGCCCUGGAUGAAAUUGAGCACAACCCACUCAAGUGGAAGCAGAUGAUGAUGGAUUGUAUGGCAGAGGACUUCUCGUGGGACGCAGAAUGCUACGAUAUCCAUGUUUCUGCGUAUACAGCCAUAAAGAACUUGUAAAACGGGAGCAGCAAAUUUGUGCAUAUUACUUGUUUUGGUCCAUUGGAGAGUGCAUAGCAAUAGCAUUCGCACUACUGGUAGCUUUCUUAGACUGCCAAGGUGCUGCUCUCCAACCUCAUAAGGAGUCUUAGGUUGAUGAGGGAAGUCUAGCUUCAUCUGUAAAUCUAUGUCCACUUACCUUGAUACUUGCUACUUGUUUAUCGGAGAUUAUUAGCUUUAGGCAUUAUUUACAUCCUGAGUUUAAGGUAAACGUAUGUUUUGGAUUAACCUUUUCACAUGACUUCAAAUGAUGUUUUUAGGAGGUAAACUGAACUUCCUUCCUUCCUUCUUGUGUGAAGUGCCAGUUAAGAAAUAAGAAUGCAAUGGAAAUUUUAUCAACUGUU